UGCUGCCUCCUCUCCUCCUCCCUGCUUCUGGCUCUCACAGCCGGGAAGGCUGGCUCGGGGCGUGCGCUCUUGUGAGCAGCUCCCAAAAAAUACUCAGAGGGGCGGGGGGCAGAGGGGGUGAGACAAAUAGACAGGAAGACAGAUCCAGAUCGAUGAGACCGAGAAGAUGCCCAAAUCCUCACCGUGCGUGUUCCCGUGGUCCUCCCUGUUGCUGGCAUCUCUGGCUACUUUGGUGGUGCAGUCAGUGCUCUCUUCCUCCUACUCUUCUUCCUCCUCCUCCGCGUAUCAGAGACCUGCAGCAGCCGGUGGGAAGCGACCGGGCUUCAUGGAGAGGACGCUGGUUCUCCUGGAUGUCAACACCCGCAGUCCGAUCAGAGUCCUCAACGACAACUUCCUCUCUUUGCAGCUGGACCCCUCGAUCAUCAAAGACGGUUGGCUGGACUUUCUGAGCUCCAAGCGGCUCGUGACCCUGGCGCGCGGCCUGUCGCCAGCAUUUCUGCGUUUUGGCGGAAAGCGGACCGACUUCCUGCAGUUCAACAACCAGAAGAACCUCGCCAAGUUCAGAGGGCCGGGACCUGACUACUACCUGAAAAACUACGAAGACGAUAUAGUGCGCAGCGACAUUGCAUUGGACAAACAGAAGGGCUGUAAACUGGCCAGCCAUCCGGACAUUAUGCUGGAACUGCAAAGGGAAAAGGCUGCCACCACACAGCUCGUCCUGCUGAAGGAACAACUGUCCAACAUCUACAGCAACAUUACAAUAACAGCCAGGUCUUUAGACAAACUGUACAACUUUGCCGACUGUGCUGGUCUGCACCUGAUCCUGGGGCUUAAUGCGCUGCACAGAAACCCAGACAACUCCUGGAACACGUCCUCCACCCUGAGCCUCCUGAAGUACAGCGCUGGCAAGAAGUACAACAUCUCCUGGGAGCUGGGCAACGAGCCGAAUGCCUACCGCAGCAUGGUGGGUCGUGCGGUCAACAGCACCCAGUUGGCUCAGGACUAUACCAAACUGCGGACCUUGCUGCAGUCUGUACGCUAUUACCACCGAGCCCAUCUCUAUGGCCCCAAUGCAGGGCGACCCCGGAAGAACGCCAUCCUGCUGCUGGAUGGGUUCAUGAGGAACGCUGGCUCCGUUGUAGAUGCAGUUACGUGGCAACAUUAUUACAUGGAUGGCAGAGUGAACAAAGUGGAGGAUUUCCUAAAAACUCGUCUGUUGGACACACUGACAGAGCAGAUCACGAAAGUAACCAAGGUUGUGAACACACAUACUCCUGGUAAGAAGGUGUGGCUUGGUGGACUGGGGCCGGCGUGGGCAGGAGGCAUCAGUAAUCUUUCUGACACAUAUGCUGCUGGCUUUCUGUGGGUGAACACGCUGGGUAUGGCUGCAAUGCAGGGGAUAGAUGUUGUGUUGCGUCACUCGUUCUUCGACUACGGAUACACGCACCUUGUGGACCAGCACUUUCACCCUUUACCUGAUUACUGGUUUUCUCUGGUCUUCAAGCGUCUGGUGGGUCCGAGGGUUUUAGCGGUGCGGGUUGCUGGACUACAGAGGAAGCCUCAACCAGGACGAGUCAUACGAGACAAGCUACGCAUCUACGCCCACUGCACCAGUUACUACAAUCAUAACUACGUGAGGGGGUCCAUAACAAUCUACAUCAUCAACCUGCAUCGGUCGCGAAAGAAAAUCAAGUUGGCGGGGACAUUACGGAACAAAACUGUCCACCAGUACCUGCUGCAACCAUAUGGGACUGACGGACUCAGAGCCAAACAUGUCCAGCUGAACGGGGAGAAGCUGCUCAUGUCGGACAAUGAGACCUUCCCCGAGUUGAAGCCUAAGACACUGAGGGCUGGUCGGACAAUAGCCAUGCCUCCCAUGACCAUAGGCUUUUAUGUAAUCAAAAACAUUAACGCAUACGUCUGUCGAAGAUAACACAGAACCUUCACCCGAGUGUGACUCUUCAUUUUUUAUUUCAUCUGUCUGGGAAACAAAAAAAACAAAACAGAGCGAGGUGAGAAUUAGGAAUCAGGAUUUUAAUGUUUUGCUCAAGGACACUUAAAAUGGUAAAAUGGACACAUGGCUUGAAUUAAUCAGUACAAUCCUCUGGUUUAACAACAGUCUCUUCAAUCAUUACUCUAGAGUGGUUUAAUUACCACUCUACCAAAUUAAAAUAAACCCAGCCCUUCCUUUGUUCUCUUCUCUGAUCCAGCAAAGAAAGACUUGCCCAAGACACAUAAAACGGGCUGCACUGAACACUUUUCAGAUCUUUUCACCAGCAAUUCCUCAUAUGCUACAAGACUUGUAUGGACAGUGGUUGUUUUGUGCCUCUGUAUAAAGUUUUUUGUUUUGUAGUCACAGAAAUGCAAUAUCAAAAAGUCUAUAUUCUUUGACUUGAUUAAGCUAUAUAUUUCUCUUGGACUGUCAAAGCUAGGGUCUGUUAUCUCUGUGUUUGCCAAGUAAGUUUUGUUUUUUCUCUUUCUUUCUAAUCUUUCAUUGAUGGACAGAUAAAAAAAAGUAUGAGAGAAAACUCUGAACAGGCAGCGUUUCUGUGGUAUACACAAGUCAGCUUCAGUUUGACUUGAUCCUUUCCACAAAGAGAAAAUGCAGAGGUGUGUGCAAGGUCAGGCCUGGACUAACCGAGUGGUGAGAGUGUGUGUGUGUGUGUGUGUGUGUGUGUGUGUGUGUGUGUGUGUGUGUGUGGGCGCGUGUGCGCAUUUCAUUGAUAAAGCUACUGAUGUGUCUGUUCAGCCUGUUUGACGUGCCGCUGAAAGUAUACGUUUCUUCCCUCGCCAUAUCAAGUGGCUUGAAGGAGAAAUCUGUUUCUUUUAAAGGCUGUUUUUGUAUGUUUUGUGUGUCAUUGCUUUUCUGCUGCGGGUUUCAAUGUAACUGCAGUGUACGCUGUUGUGCAGCGAUGCAUAGCUGAAGAACAAUGUGAACCCAUCCAUAACAUCUGUCCUCACAUAGCCUGCAUCCACACAAAAUCUGGGUUUUGCUUUAGAUUUAAAAAUUCUAAAAUCCCAGUUUUUCAGGUGUAUUUUAACCUAUCUCACUAUCUCUUCAGUGUGAUCUCACAUUUUAUAAUCCUCUUAUGCUGCUAGUUUUUUUUAAAGAUAUACGUUAUAUAUUUUACAUAAUUUUGUACAGAUUUACUGUCAUAUAUUAUUAGAUAAUGUAUUGUACAUAAAAAAGAAUAAUGAAAGUAAGUGGUUUAAGCUCAAUAUGUUUACUUACAUACAGUAUACACCUAAUUUAUAUAAAAAUACUUUGCUUUGUCUUUACAUUUCUUUUACAAAUGUCUCAGUUAUGUUAGUGGUACCAAUGCCCCAAUUCUGAAGCAAAAUUUUAAGCAUAUUCAUUGAAUAACGGGGUGACUGAGUGACUGUGUUAAAAUGAAACUGUCAUAGGAACAAAUAAGAAAAGGGAAUUGCCUUAAAAUGGUCCACACCUGCAUUUAUUUCAGUUUUAUUUCAUUAUAUCUUUACCAUUUUAUUCAAUGAUCAGCAGGUUCAGUGCCUGAGCAUGUUGAAUAUAAAGGAAUAUUUGUCCUCUGAAUGUGUUUAUAGUUAAUGUAGAGAUGUUCAUAUUUCUUUUGGAGAGCAUUAUUUUAAUAUGUAAAGUGUGCCUAUGUAUUAUUUUUUGUUAAGAAAAAGUUUACAUUGAUAAUAAACACCUACAAAUACCUGAGAAGUCGUAUAUAAUCAAUAAAAAUCAGUCUGCACUAAAGAAAGCAAUGCUUUCCUUCUCAGAUUUUAGUUUUGUCACUGCUAAGACGACAUUAAACUUUGCCUAUAAACUCAUUAUGCUGCAUGCAAGAUGCAAUUUGGAAGUAAGUUCUACUUGUGUAUAAAUACCUAAGGUCUGUCAUGUGAAUUACACUAAGCAGUGCAACCAGACUCUACAGUAUUUCUUGGGGAUAUGACAGGGAUCUCUAGAACCACAUGGUCACAAGGAGAAGAAAAAGAAACAAAGAGAUGAGAAGAUGUGAUUUAUAAAGCAGAAAUACCCUCACACAGAAAGAACCUAUAAAUAAAAACUGUCAAAUUCUAGCAACAUCCUUAAAGAAAGGUACUGGGGUAUUAAGGCUACCAUUGUUGGUGCUCUCACUCACUCACUCUUACAGGCACAUACACAAACUGUUACACUUUGUGGCCCCAGAUGUGGAAGCAGCUGGAGCAAGUCUUUGUAGUGGGAAGAGUGCUGUCUUGUCACUGCAUGAAGCAGCUGCUGAUGGGAAACAUGAAGCCAGGAUGGGUUAAACCUCCAGACCUCAGCUUUGGCCCAGACAGACUAAACCUGGGCCAGACCUGGCUCAGUGUCCACUGAUGCAUAGACUGCUGGGAUCUGCUUGGUGGGAUCAUGUAAAAAGGGAGAUGAAGGACUAUGGUUAGAUCCUGUGUGCCCUUUGAUGAAAUGCUCGCCAUUCAGGUUCCCCCACUUUCAAGCACGGUGCGUCGAAUCUGCACCAUACUUAUUUCUAUAGAAAGCAAGACAGGCUUGAGCUGUGCUGAAGUUCCAUGACAGUGAGUCAUUAACACUGGCGGCCCUUCAAGAGCUGUGAUCCAAAGCAUGUACCUUUAAUUAUAUUUUUGUUUUAAGUUCCAUUCAUGGGAAAUGGGCUUUUGCUUUUAUGUAAGUAGCAGAAAUGUUUGGUCUCAGAAAUGAACAUGUGGUUCAUUUUAAACAGGCCAACAUUGUUGACAUGUAAGAAUCAAACCAGACUCAUUAACACCUGGUCCACUGAAUCAGUGGUAUUAUGAGGAGAAAAAUAUUAUUCACUAUGAAGGCCACGCACACUGUAUGUGCACAUUUAGAUGAAUAUGCAGACAUGAAGCAUAGAGAAACGUGGAAAAACAGAGAUUGAGAGAGGACAGAUGUGCUUAGGUUCAGAAGGAUAAGGAACUUGAAUUGGUGCUGCACUUACUCAGGAAAAUUGCUUAAAAUCGGUCAUCACUGUGAAUUUAAAAUGCCCUCAGAUCAGAUACAUGUUUGAUACAGACAAUAGAGAAUUGGCUUGUACACCAAGGCAAAACAAAAUCUAAAUAAUGUCUGGUUUUAAUCUGUAUCUCACUGAAAUCAAAAGUAUGUUUAUUGAGUAAAUUAAGUACCUCUGACCUGACCGAAGCAAUAUCCAGAGAUGAGGCCUCGGUGAACUUCCUGACAUUCAGACCAGGAUCUUAUCAACCAGAUCCAUGGAAAUGGUUUUGUUUGGCGAACUUUGGUUCAUAUAAACCUGUGCUUUGUGAUAACAACGGCUGAGCGUCACUUCCUCAGACAAAAUCUAAUUGUGUUGUGAUUGAGGAGGACUGCGCCGUGUCUGGCCACUUCUGCGUGACAGUGCCUCCUUAGUGGAGGUAACUGUUACCCAGGCCUGCCCAACACUGUUUAUACUCAGUGAUCCAUUUUGAGACAUGCAAGGCCCCUUUGCCCUGUUAGCAAACACUGAGGAUUUCAUGAUGUUUACUCUGUAUAUACAGGAGUCAGCUUAAAUAAGACUUCCAUGAAUGCCGGAUCCCCGGAAAACUGAUGGACUAGAUUAGACCUUGGCCCACGACUUAGAACUCUUGGCAUUUUGGACCAUUUUGACCCAAGCAAGGUUAAUAAAACAUAAAUAUUUAUGUUACUACAGGGCUCUUUGCUCCGCUCA